GCAUCCUGUUUUAUUAAUUUUUUUUCCAGGCGAAAAUGGCUGCCACUCUCAUCUAAACCUCUGUUUAAAGGAUUAAACGAGCAUGAAAUAGGCAACCGAAAUCGCAGCCCCGCUUCACGACAAUCCUCCCGGACGUCAGGGCGCAGUUUGUGCAGCGUCUUCUCAAAGAUGUUGUGGCUGCCAGAGAAAGAAAAUGUAUGCGAUCCGAAAUUAACCCUUUCCAUCUAACAUCCACCAACAAAUGAGAAAAUGAUGCACCAGGUGACCAGCAGCAACAGCAACUAUUGUAUGAGUGGACUGGCAGAGGACUGUCAUCCAGCCAGCCACUUUGAUUUAUGUAGCACACAAUCCAACAAAUUCUACCCCUCUGCCACCACCCCUGGUUUGCAGCUGUCCCUUUCCGGCCUCGCCCCUUUGCCACAGGGCAUGCACAAAGCCAUGGUAUGUCAAGUGCAAGACACCCAGAGCGACUUUCAAGCUCAGACAGUGAGAAUCAGGGGCAGUGAGGCUGCAGGGCCCGAUGGCUCCAAGAAGAAGAAGGGUAUAGUGAAGUCAGGGCGGAGAGGGAGGCCAUCAGGGACCACAAAGUUAGCUGGUUACCGUACAAGUACUGGACGUCCACUUGGGACAACUAGAGCAGCUGGAUUCAAAACAAGCCCAGGGAGGCCCCUUGGUACCACCAAAGCAGCAGGAUAUAAGGUGAGCCCCGGCAGGCCCCCCGGCAGCAUCAAGAGUCUAGCUCGGCUCAAGAAGCUGGAAUUUGGUUGUGACAGCGCCAAGAAACUUGACUUUAGCAACUGCAGUGGCCCCAAGAAACUGGACUUCACGAGCUGUGAUGUUCCACCUUUUCCAUACACCAUGAUGGAGAAAAGACCCCUCUGCGAGCCCAGCGGCAAAGUGGACGAAACCAGCGAAUAGCUCUGCCCAGUGCUAGAUAAACAUUUUGAAUGCAUGAACAAGAAGAUGCUCCGGAAAACAUUUCACUCAAAAGGAAAGGACUUUUUGCCAUCUAAUGGCUCUGACUGAGUGUUUGUACAGUGUUUGACAUUGUCUUCAUCCUCUCAUAAUAAAUGACUGAAUUAGAAAGAAGUAUGUUAUUCCAGUUUGGCAGAGAUGCAUGCGUAUGAACUAAUCACACCAGUUAGUAUAGAAAACAUGUAUUUAUCAGUUUGUGGUUCAAGCCAUACUGGAGAGUGAAUCUUUUUUUGUUUCCCUCAAGCAUUUUGUUCCUCUGAGUUGUGCUUUGACAUUUUUAUGGCCAGGUUCUUGUGACAUUUUCUACAUUUAUAAAAAAAAAAAAAUGCAUUUUACAACCAGCCAAUCAAAUCAGCCUUUUCCUGAGCAUACAUAUGUGGAUGUAUAGAUGUCCUCUGUGCGUCGUCCAGUUCAAUGUGUUUUUAUUUUAUGAUAUUAUCCUGCAUCAUACCUAUAAGGGGAACACUGCGAUAGUAUUUUUAAUCAGCUUGAUCUGGUAAAACUCACCGCAUUAUAUCCUUUUGAACACAGUAUUAGUUAUUUCUGCACUUUGUGAAUAUAGUUUGGAUUAUGUAUUGUAACAGCCUGUUUAGUCCUCAAACUCAACUCAAUAAGCAUUUCUGGAUUUACAUGUAUGUUGUAAUGCUGUUCAUUAGGGAACUUAAUAAAACUGAAAAAUGCUUUGUGGUAUAUGUAAUAAAUGCUAAUGUGCUGUAUGUGAAACCAAAAUAAAUUGUCUUUUUCAUAUAACUAU